AUGAAUUCCAUUAGCAUUUCAACUAUUAUUAUUAGUUAAUAAUAAUACAGUUCAUAAGGAUCGAUCUUUUUUAUUAAAAACCAACUUAAUGAAAUAGUCGCCAAUAGUUCGUUAUCAUUUCAAACUAUUAAUAAGUACUUAUGAAAUUGAUGUUCUAGUAAAUAGGUUCAAUUUAGAUAGAUAAGAAAUUAAAAAAUUGAAAUCCAAAAAGAAUAGUUAAGCACAUUCAAUUGACCAAGAAACUUAAACUCAAUUAUUUAGAUUCAUUCCUAUCAUUUAUAAUAAAGAAAAAUAAUAAUUUUUAAAGAUUAUCAAACAAUAGAAGGAAACAGAAACAAGUUUCAAAAAAUAAACAAGAUAAACUAAAGUAAUUUGA